UUGAACGAUAUAAACUAAAUUCCGAAUGUUAGAACGUUCCGAAUGUACUUUCGAUUUAUCUUGUUACAAAACAGUUCAACUGGCAUUUAAAAAGAUUGAAAGAAGGUGCAAACAUGCCUGGAUCAGAAGUUGGAAGACUUUCACGGGCAACUUUUGCCCUCAGCUGAUUUUGGUUUCCAGAGGCCCAGUUUGGCGUUGUCCCUGGUGUUAUCAGAACUAAAGUGGGGUUCACUGGAGGGUCAUCUCCAAAUCCUACCUACCGCACCAUAGGGGAUCACACAGAAACUGUGGACCUGGAAUUUGACCCUGAUGUUGUUUCCUAUGAGGAACUUUUAAAUAAGUUUUGGAAAUGGCACAAUCCUUGCUCUCAGCGUGGAACCCAGUAUAUGUCCGCAAUCUUUUAUCAUAACACAAAGCAGAAAAUGUUGGCCGAGCAGACGAGAGAUGAACAGCAGAAAGACCAUGUGUCCCCUAUUGUAACAAAAAUCACUAAAGCUGGACCUUUCUAUAAUGCAGAAAACUACCACCAAAAGUACAUCCUAAGACAGCAUAGAGACAUUUUGGACAGCCUGAACUUGACAGACGAGGAACUGAUUUUAUCUCCUCUAGCCUGCAGAUUAAAUGGAUAUCUUGGUGGUUAUGGAAACUUUGAGGACUUCCUAAAUGACACAGAGGAUGUGAAGCUGACAAGAAAACAACUAGACUACGUAGAACACCAACUGAAAAAGGUGUCCAAGUUCUAAUGCUGCAACACCAAACAAGUGCCCAGAGACAACAGACCCUCAACCAGGCUGAACAUUUACUAUAUCACUUUCAAGACAGACAUAUGAUUUUAUCUUAAAGUGACAGAUAUUUAAUCCUCUGCAACUUGUAACACUCAUUUAACAUUUUACUAGUAAACAGAUCAAUUGGUUUAAUUUUUAAAAGUAAAUUUCAUAAUGAAUUCAUUUUUGUGAUACACUCCUGUGAUAUUCUCAUUUAAUUUGGAAUAUCAAAAUUCAUUGUGUUUGAGUUAAAGAAAGCCUUAAUUUAUUUCUUUUUAAUGAUGUAUUCUUGAUUCAGGUUAUGUUAACUUUCAAGAAACUGAUGAUGUAAAGAAAUGAAUGUCUUAUCCUUAACACAAACAUGAUGCAUUGUUAUGUGUGUGUUUUUAUGAUUCUGUUAUGUUUAUUAUGUCUGUAAUAAAGAAAUUCAUCUCUUUCCGAUGAUAUGCUCUUGAUAAAAGUUUAUUUUAAACUUUCAAGAGAUUGACAGUUUGAAGAAAUGAAUUCCUUCAUACAAACAAAUUUUAUACAUGCUUACAAGCUGUGAAUACUGUUAUUCUUUUUUUUGUUUUUUUUGUCAUGGAAAAUGAGUGAAAUAAAUUUUUACUACAAAAGUU